AUCCGCAUCGCCAUCAUGUCGGGCUCCGGAGGCGGAGGCGGAGGCGGCGGCGGGAGCAGCGGCAGCGCCGUCGCCCUCAGCAGCAGCCUCAGCAGCAGCCUCAGCAGCAGCGCCCUGAUGAAGCAGCCGCCCAUCCAGUCUACGGCGGGGGCCGUCCCCGUCCGCAACGAGAAAGGGGAGAUCUCCAUGGAGAAGGUGAAGGUGAAGCGCUACGUCUCGGGGAAGCGCCCGGACUACGCGCCGAUGGAGUCCUCGGAGGAGGAGGAGGAGGAGUUCCAGUUCAUCAAGAAGGCCAAGGAGCAGGAGCUGGAGCCCGAGGAGCAGGAGGAGGACCUGGCCAGCGACCCCCGCCUCCGCCGCCUCCAGAACCGCAUCUCCGAGGACGUGGAGGAGAGGCUGGCAAGGCACCGCAAGAUCGUGGAGCCCGAGGUGAUGGGGGAGAGCGACUCCGAAGCGGAGGGAGAGGCCUGGCGCAUGGAGAGAGAGGACUCCAGCGAGGAGGAGGAGGAGGAGGUGGACGACGAGGAAAUUGAGCGCCGCCGCAGCAUGAUGCGCCAGCGGGCUCAGGAGCGCAAAAACGAGGAAAUGGAAGUCAUGGAAGUGGAAGAUGAGGGUCGUUCUGGGGAGGAGUCUGAGUCAGAGUCUGAAUAUGAGGAGUACACAGACAGCGAGGAUGAAACCGAACCCCGUCUCAAGCCAGUCUUCAUCCGCAAGAAGGACAGGGUCACAGUUCAGGAGCGAGAGGCAGAAGCUGUGAAGCAGAAGGAGCUGGAGCAGGAGGCCAGGCGGCUGGCUGAGGAGAGGCGCAAGUACACGCUUAAGAUUGUAGAAGAAGAAACCAAGAAAGAGCUGGAGGAGAACCGGCGCUCUUUGGCCGCCCUUGAUGCUCUAGACACCGACGAUGAAAACGAUGAGGAAGAGUAUGAGGCUUGGAAAGUACGGGAGUUGAAACGCAUCAAACGGGACCGUGAGGAGCGUGAAGCGCUGGAGAAGGAGAAAGCCGAGAUCGAGCGAGUGAGGAACCUGACUGAGGAGGAGCGACGUGCUGAACUCCGCGCCAAUGGCAAGGUCAUCACAAACAAGGCCGUGAAGGGCAAAUACAAAUUCCUGCAGAAGUACUACCACCGGGGAGCCUUCUUCAUGGAUGAAGACGAAGAUGUGUACAAGAGGGACUUCAGUGCCCCAACUCUGGAAGACCACUUCAACAAGACAAUCUUGCCUAAAGUCAUGCAGGUCAAGAACUUUGGGCGCUCUGGGCGAACUAAGUACACGCAUUUGGUAGACCAGGAUACAACUUCUUUUGACUCCGCCUGGGGCCAGGAAAGUGCGCAGAAUACCAAGUUCUUCAAGCAGAAAGCAGCUGGUGUGCGGGACGUCUUUGAGAGGCCCUCUGCCAAGAAGCGGAAGGUGACCUGAGUGAAAGCAUAGCACUAUCUGCUGAGGUGCAACUUGUAGCAGUUUGCCAUUACUGUGGCCUAGGACUGCCGAGGUGGGCCCCACUUAUUCCCCGUCUUGCUUGUCACCUUACUCCUGUUUGUACUCUUUGAAAUACCUCCCUUGUAAUAUAACUUCCUGUCUAUUAUACCAUCCCCCCCCCCUCUGGCAACCACAAGGAUUCCCUCUUUUUAUAGAAGCACCGUUAAGGGUAGGGUGGCAUGGAAGAAAAUUAAAAUUCCGUCUAUAUUAAAGGUAUUUCUUACCAAGGUA